AGUGGCAUCAGUGACUUCAGGCUGUAGUUCUUGGGAAGUCAGGGGAGACUGAGGACGGUAGAUGGCCCACACGGGAGGAGGCUUAGGGGGACGGUGUGCCUGUCUUCUGUGCCAGGCUGGGGUGGUGGAGGGUACCAGGCACUGCAGGAGUGUGUGGCUGGAAGGAGGAGAAGCAAGAGGGUCAGGAUGGACCCUGAGCAGAGCAUCUGAUUGCUCCAGGUCUUGGCUGUCCGUGCUGACAUGGUGACCGAGCGGUGGCUUUCGGCGGCAGGCAGACAGGGACAGCUGCUCCGCAGAGUAGUAGCUGACGUGUAGGAGGAGGAACAGAAACUGGUACUUGAUCAGCAGAUCUUGGAAGCAGUGACACAACCUGAGGAAGUCUGCAAAAGGUGGUGAACCAGCAGCAGUCACAUCUCCUUUAUGGAUUCAGGCUAGCAGGAACAGCCUGGUGGGGUCCAUCUUGGAUAGACGCGGAUGAUGCCAGAGCUAUGACAGGGAUUGCAGUCUUGGCACUGAGGGGUGAUCAAUUAUGGAACAACUACAGGAGGAAGUACCUGAGGUCAAGGAAGAGGAAGAGGAAGAGGCAGUGAUGGUGGCAAGUGGAGCCUCAGACCCAACUGGAGGACCAGACAGCUCGCUGCCUUCAAGCAGCUACACAGACCUGUCACAGAGCUCCUCUCCCUCGCUGUCGGACCAGCUGCAGAUGGGCUGCGAGGAGGCGGCGCUGGGAGCGCUGAACGUGGAGUGCAGGGUCUGCGGAGACAAAGCCUCGGGCUUCCACUACGGCGUGCACGCCUGCGAGGGCUGCAAGGGUUUCUUCCGCCGGACGAUCCGCAUGAAGCUGGAGUACGAGAAGUGUGAGAGGAGCUGCAAGAUUCAGAAGAAGAACAGAAACAAGUGCCAGUACUGCCGCUUCCAGAAAUGCCUCUCGCUGGGCAUGUCACACAAUGCAAUCCGCUUUGGGCGCAUGCCAGAGGCAGAGAAGAGGAAGCUGGUGGCAGGGCUGACAGCGAGCGAGAUCAGCUGCCAGAACCCACAGGUGGCUGACCUGAAAGCUUUCUCCAAGCACAUCUACAACGCCUACCUGAAGAAUUUCAACAUGACCAAAAAGAAGGCAAGAGGUAUCCUGACCGGCAAAGCCAGCAGCACCCCACAGCCUUUUGUGAUCCAUGACAUGGACACCUUGUGGCAGGCAGAGAAGGGGCUGGUGUGGAAGCAGCUGGUGAACGGCAUCCCCCCCUACAAGGAGAUCGGGGUGCACGUCUUCUACCGCUGCCAGUGCACCACGGUGGAGACCGUGCGGGAGCUCACCGAGUUCGCCAAGAGCAUCCCCAGCUUCAUAGGCCUCUACCUGAACGACCAAGUGACUCUGCUCAAGUACGGGGUGCACGAGGCCAUCUUCGCCAUGCUGGCCUCCAUCAUGAACAAGGAUGGGCUGCUGGUGGCCAACGGGAACGGCUUUGUGACCCGCGAGUUCCUGCGCAGCCUGCGCAAGCCCUUCAACGAGAUCAUGGAGCCCAAAUUUGAGUUCGCUGUGAAGUUCAACGCGCUGGAGCUGGAUGACAGUGACCUGUCCCUGUUUGUGGCUGCCAUCAUCCUGUGUGGAGACCGCCCUGGCCUGAUGAACGUGAAGCAGGUGGAGGAGAUCCAAGACAACAUCCUGCGAGCACUGGAGUUCCACCUGCAGUCCAACCACCCAGAUGCCCAGUACCUCUUCCCCAAGCUGCUGCAGAAGAUGGCUGACCUGCGACAGCUGGUGACAGAGCACGCCCAGCUGGUGCAGAAGAUCAAGAAGACAGAGACCGAGACAUCUCUGCACCCACUUCUACAGGAGAUAUACAAGGACAUGUACUAAGGACCUGUUAUUUAUGAGAAUGAAGCCAUGGAUUCCCAUCAAGACUCUUUGUACAGAAACAAAGAAAACCCUUCCCAGUGUCUUCCAUUUCUCCUACUGGAAACUCUUUUCUAUGUGACCCUGACAUACGGUACGUAGGGCAAGAUGCCGUCAGGAUUUGCAGGUGCCUCCUGCUCAGCCAGGGCUUCCGUUAACACACACUAACAAAUCUGCAAAGCUGCUGUUCCCGUUCCUGUGGCCCAGCUCCAGCUGCUCCCGGAGUGGAGUGGCCGCCCAGUUUACAUGGCUCAGGCAGCGAGGUCACUGUGGCACCUUGGGUCCCCAGGGUGGGGAGCCCUGGUCCUUAGGAGGGCCAAGGGGGUACAGGGGCCAGCAGGGCUGACAGCAGCACUUAGAGGUGUCUGUAUUCUUUUGUUCAUUUGCACUCCAAGGAGGUGGUCCUGAGCCAUGAAGCCUGGGACAGUGUGAUGAAAGGAUGUUUCUCUCUUUCCCAAAGAAAAGCUCUGGAGUAUUUGAACACGGAUAGGGCUGUCCCAGGGGAGACCCUCAGCUGCAGCCCCCACCGUGCUCUGCAGAGUGUUCCUGUCUCCCAGUGGGACUGUGUGAACUCUGCCUUCCUGGGUGCUGUGUGGGAGCCUUUGCUCCUGGCACCCUCCUUCCAUAGGGAGCAUGUCCCUUGGCACCUCAGUAGGAAAGAGGCUGGGAUGGGGAAGUGGGAGUGAAAGGAUUUGACUCCUUAAAAUUCACCUUCACCCUCUGCCAGAGCAGAGGCACGGAAUCUGUGGCUUCCACAGGCUGCUCUGCACAGACAUGAGUUACAAAAAGGUGUGUGGAGGGUCAGAGGCCUUGAGCUGGUCAGGGUUUGGUGUCCUGCCUCAGUUUCCCCUCUGUGAAAGGGACCUGGAUUGUCACAUGCUGUCUGCUCGGAGCAGGAGCACGAGGAUCUGUUAGUGCAUUGGUUGCAGAGAGCUUUGCAGCUGUAAAUGCCAAGGAUUUAUAAACAGGGAGGGGGGUGGUUGGGAUGCUCACAAUGAGCAGGAGCUUCCCAGUGAGCGUGGUUGUGUCAGGGAAGCUGCCAGUCCACCUCUGCCACUGUUCCCAAGAGUGGGAACAGCUCCAGGCUUAGAGGUCUGCCUGAUCCCAGCACCAUUCUGGGACUUUACCUCACAACUUCUCACAGCUGUAGUGAAACACCACGGUGCUGCCUGGGCCAGGCCAGGGCCCUGGUGUGGGGGCUGUGUCCCUCGGGCUUUGGGCAGGGGGAGGAUGGACCUGGGAAGGGCUCAGUUUCCCUUUCUGGGUAAUGGUGUCUCACCUAAGAAGCGACGCUUCCCUGUCUGCAGCUCCUAGUCCCCUGUGUCCUGAGCAGCCUUAUUAAAAUACUGAUAUUCCCGAGGAGGGGUUGUGGGAGCAAAUUAUUCGGUUUUACUUUACUUUCCUCUUCUUCAGGGUAGCAGAUUUCCCUGGUGCAAUAAUUCCUUUAAAACCCAAAGGGGAAGAGCACUGGGCUUUCCCUCCCCAUCACAGGGCUGGUCGGUCCCAAAACUCCCCCUGCUGCCACACUCCUCAGUUUGCCGUGCCUCAGUUUCCCUGCCCAGCCCUCCCCUCCCUACCUCGCAGGGGUGUUGGGAAUUACCGUUUCUGAAGCACUUUGAAGCCCUCUGGGGGAAGGCACUGGAGACAUGCGUGUGCUGGUCGGAGCCCAGGGAUUUGUCCUUCCCAAAAUCCCGGUGGUGUCCCCACCUCGGUCGCAAUGCAGGACUCGUGCCCAUCACCUGGGAAACUUUUUGCUCUUCCUUCCUCGACAGUAUAACAACCCUCAAACUGAAAUGUAUAUUUUUGCUAGAAGUACAAACCUCCAAGUGUUUUUAAUAAUAUAAAUAGUGUCCACAAACUGACUUGACUUUAAAUAAAUCUGAACUAAAUAUUUAAGAA